AUUAUAUUCUGUUUGAUUUGCUUUCCGCUCAACCAAUGAAGUCACAGGAGCUCAUUUUGUGUCACAUACUUCCAGGUUCGGUAGAGAAGGAAGGGGUCGAGCGAGGUGUUGCACCGCAGACAGGUCGUAGGAGCUGUUUGGUCCUUGCUUUUUUAGAUCCGCCUAUCAACACGCCCUUGACGCUGUAAUAAAUAUCGACAACCACAGCUCACAGGGGCCGGUUUUGUGCUUCUCUCUCCCUGCUGCUGCCACCUGUAUCCCAGACCGAGGUGUUCACCUCCUCUCUGCUUCUGUCAGAAGACCAUGGACACAGAAAUCGAUCAACAAGAAGAGACUUCAUUCAGCAACACAGAGACUAAUGGUAAGCGCCCUGCUGAGGAUGCAGAUGAGCAGAAAUCAUUCAAGCGCUCCAGGAACUCGGAUGAGAUGGUUGAGCUUCGCAUCCUCCUGCAGAGCAAAAAUGCAGGAGCUGUAAUUGGGAAGGGUGGCAAAAACAUCAAAGCCCUUCGCACAGACUACAAUGCCAGUGUGUCAGUCCCAGACAGCAGUGGGCCUGAGCGCAUCCUGAGCAUCAGUGCCGACAUUGAGACCGUUGGAGAAAUCCUGCUGAAGAUUAUCCCAACGUUGGAGGAGUACCAGCAGUACAAUGGCAUGGAUUUUGAUUGUGAGCUGCGUCUGCUGAUCCACCAGAGCCUGGCUGGCUCGAUCAUCGGGGUGAAGGGAGCCAAGAUCAAGGAGCUCCGUGAGAACACAAAGACCAGCAUCAAGCUGUUUCAGGAGUGUUGUCCCCAGUCGACAGACCGUGUAGUGCUGGUUGGCGGUAAAACGGAGAGGGUGGUAGAGUGUAUAAAGACUAUGCUGGAGCUCGUCUCUGAAGCUCCCAUAAAGGGCCGUACACAGCCCUAUGACCCCAACUUCUAUGACGAAACAUAUGAAUAUGGUGGUUUUACCAUGAUGUUUGAGGAGAGAGGGGGUGGCCGUAGGCUCAUGGGAGGCUUUCCCAUACGCGGAGGGCGGUCCAGCGGUAAUGACCGUGCCUUUGACCGAAUGCCCUCGAGCAGAGGGGCACGGGGACCCAUGCCUCCCUCCCGCCGCGAUUAUGAUGAGAUGAGUCCUCGCCGAGGUCCUCCACCCCACCCAAGUAGGGUUGGAAGAGGGAGUGGCCGUGGACGCAACAUGCCCAUGGGACACCCACACAGAGGAGAUGAUCGUUACUAUGACUCGUACCGUGGCUCAGAUGAAAGGUCAAAUGACAGAAGAGGCAGACCGGAUCGCUAUAGCGAGAACAUGAGUGGCGGAGGAUAUGACAACAGUUCCUCCUGGGAUAGCUACCAGUCAGGUGGACGGGGCUCCUAUAAUGACAUGGGGGGUCCAGUCAUCACCACACAAGUGACGAUCCCUAAAGAUCUGGCUGGCUCUAUCAUCGGUAAGGGAGGCCAGCGGAUCAAACAGAUCCGCCAUGAGUCAGGGGCCUCCAUCAAGAUUGAUGAACCUCUGGAAGGUUCUGAGGACCGAAUCAUUACUAUUACUGGCACCCAGGAUCAGAUCCAGAAUGCCCAGUACCUUCUACAGAACAGUGUGCUGCACCUGCUUGGACACAAGGACUAACCACACCCCUCGUUUUCCUCCUCCCCCUCCUCCUCUUCCUCUUCCUCGCUCUCCUUCAGCCACUUGUCACAUCUUCGUCUUCUCUCUCUCUCUCUGCCUGUCUUUCUUACUCGCCGUCUGUCUUUCUUCCCGCUCUGCAUCCCCAUCCUUCUCCUCUCGAGACUUCAUCCCACCCACAGUUGCAUAGCAAUAUAUUUACACAGUCAUUUGUUUGUGAAUUGCAUUUUUCUUGUGUAUUUUAUUUAUUAUUCCACUCUUUUUAUUUCAGUGUGAAGCAGUACUCUGGUCAUUUGCUGUAGACCCAAGAGGCUCAGAUUGAAGCAAACACAGAUUGCCCUCCCCUUCCUCCCAACCUUUCUGCCCCUGUCCAACACAUCCCCUUCAGACUAUAAUUCUGGAUUGUGGGUGUCUUUUUUUUUUAAUUUUAUUUUUGUAUUUUUUAAUGAAACAGAUGUCCAACAUUCCUGUGCAUAAAAUAAAAUGUAGAUGUUCUGCAUUUUUAAGAGUGUAGUCCAUUAGUUUAUCGAAUACAUUUUGCUUUUUUUUUUUCUAACACUCAUAUAUCAGAAUAUCCUUCAGACUUCUCACAGACAAAAAUAAACAUAACCUUUAUUUUUUGAUAGGUUUGUUUUUUAUGACUUUAUUUUUUAUGUGUUAAGUUUGUCUCCAUGUGAAUCUGUCCUGUGUGUGCGUGCAUGUCAGCGUGUGUGGGUUGGUGUGCUUUCUGUUGUCUAUAUCAGUCCCUUCACUCACAGUUGUACAACAUUACCACUCAGUGCAACAUGCAGAAUGUAAGCUUCUUUUCUUUAUUGUUUCUUUUUUUGAAGUCUGUGGGGAAUUUUACCCUUUAGAAUGGGAUCUGGGAUGUUUACAUUGGGACUUGUGUACACACCAGAUACAGGACAGUCUAAUUUCUAUGAAUAUAGUAGUUGUGUGAUGAAACAAAACUGAAUCAUUUGCUUAACCCCUUACAUAUGGAAGCUUGUUAGAAAUUUGGUAAAACAUUUUAAUGGAGGUAUGACAAAUGAAAAUGAACUUAUCUAUUUUGUCCCUGAUAUUUCCUGUGCUCUACACUUGUUUGCUCUCCAUGCUGUAGACUUUACAUUGUCAAAUUGUAAGACAAAUAAAGAUGAUGCCACUUUUUACAGAA